AUGAAUUCAAUUAUUUCAUUAUUGUUAAUGUGUUUUAUAAUUUUUGUUGCAUUAAGUAUGUACGUUUAAUUUCUCUUGUAUUUCAUAUGAGAUUUAAUUUUAAAAAUAUUUAUUUUCCAUAGUUGGAGUCAGUGAUGGUCGACUGAAUUAUAAUAAAUACGUGUCUCUUCCUGCAGUUAAAAGUAAGCUCUUCCGCAUUACACGAUUAUAUUUAGUUUGA